GGCGGCGGGAGGCGCGGGGCGAGCGGCGGGGCCGCGCCGCCGGCGCCCGGGAGGAUGGUGUCCCAGCUGAGCGCCCUGCAACGGGAGCUGCUGGGCGCCCUGCUCAGCUCCGGAGCCACCAAGGAGGGACUCAUCCGUGCCCUGGAGGACAUGGUGCCCGCCGCCGGCUUCGGCGUCAAGCUGGAGAGCCUGCCGCUCUCCCCCGGCGGGCCGCCCGACGGCAAGGCCGCCUUCGCGCCGCUGGCCAACGGGCACGGCAAGGGCAAGCUGUCGGGCGACGAGGGCUCGGAGGACGGCGACGACUUCGACACGCCGCCGAUCCUCCGCGAGCUGCAGGCGCUCAACACGGAGGAGGCCGUGGAGCAGCGGGCCGAGGUGGACAGGAUGAUCAGCGAGGACCCAUGGCGGGCGGCGAAGAUGAUCAAGGGGUACAUGCAGCAGCACAACAUCCCGCAGCGGGAGGUGGUGGAUGUCACCGGCCUCAACCAGUCGCACCUCUCCCAGCACCUCAACAAGGGCACCCCCAUGAAGACACAGAAGAGAGCUGCCCUCUACACGUGGUACGUCCGCAAGCAGCGGGAGAUCCUUCGGCAGUUCAACCAGACAGUCCAGGGUUGUGGAAAUAUGACAGACAAAAGCAGUCAGGAUCAGCUGCUGUUUCUCUUUCCAGAGUUCAAUCAGCAGAACCAGGGGGCUGCCCAGCUCGACGACACCUGCUCCGAAACCCCCAGCAAGAAGAUGCGUCGCAAUCGGUUCAAGUGGGGGCCGGCCUCCCAGCAAAUCUUGUACCAAGCCUACGACCGCCAAAAGAACCCCAGCAAGGAGGAGCGCGAGGCUCUGGUGGAGGAGUGCAACAGGGCUGAGUGUCUGCAGCGAGGGGUGUCUCCCUCCAAGGCGCAUGGGCUCGGCUCCAACCUGGUGACCGAGGUCCGCGUCUACAACUGGUUUGCCAACCGGCGGAAGGAGGAGGCUUUCCGCCAGAAGCUGGCCAUGGACGCCUACAGCUCGGGCCAGCCCCCGCACAGCAUGAACCUGCUGCUGUCCCAUGGCUCCCCCCACCACAACCAGCCCAGCGCCUCACCUCCCACCAAAAUGCCAGGGGUCCGGUACAGCCAGGCGGUGAGUGGUGAGGCAGCAUCCUCCGGGGCCAUCAGCCACCAUGGCAGCGGUGCCAUGGUCACCACCAGCCAGGCGGUCCUGCAGCAGGUCUCCCCGGCCGGCUUGGACCCGGGCCACAGUUUGCUCUCGCCCGACGGUAAAAUGCAGAUCUCCGUUUCAGGGGGCGGGCUGCCCCCGGUGAGCACCCUGACCAACAUCCACAGCUUGUCACACCACAACCCGCAGCAGUCCCAGAACCUCAUCAUGACGCCGCUCUCAGGAGUCAUGGCCAUCGCACCAAGUCUGAACACCUCGCAGGCGCAGAGUGUACCCGUUAUCAACAGCGUGGCUGGCAGCUUGGCAGCUCUGCAGCCGGUCCAGUUCUCCCAGCAGCUCCACAGCCCGCACCAGCAGCCGCUGAUGCAGCAGUCACCCAGCCAUAUGACACAGCAGCCUUUUAUGGCCACCGUGACCCAGCUGCAGAACUCGCACAUGUAUGCACACAAACAGGAGCCUCCCCAGUAUUCCCAUACCUCCCGCUUCCCCUCAGCAAUGGUGGUGACGGAUACCAGCAGCAUCAGCACGCUGACCAAUAUGUCUUCCAGUAAGCAGUGUCCCCUGCAAGCCUGGUGAUGCUCCACACCUCGCUGCUUUUGCACAUAGCAACGGGAUCUUAUUUUUCCACAACAUCCCGCCGGUGACCCGCGUGCUGAGCCCGGGGAGUCGCCAGAGCGAAGCCCAACGCCGCAGCGAGGAGCCCAUCAACCCGAAACGGAGCCAGAAGCUCGAGACUCCCUGUCGCCGGGACGAGCCCGGAUCUGCGGGGUGCCCACCCGGGACCGUGCCUCUCCUUCCCUCCGCACAGUAUUUCCAAGAUGUGUCUUGGGGAUUUUUUUCUUAAGUAUUUGCCUUCCAAGAGGCUGUUGUCUCUCCCGAGGAACUAGGAACAGCUGUACUGGGAACCGGCAGAAGGGGAAGAUGGAUAAUAUUUAAGUUAUGCUCCUUCACCCGACGGACUGAGAGGGACUUGGGUCUGUUACUUGGCAUUUGGAAGGAGGAAUUGCAUGUGCUGUUGAACUGAGCCAAUUAAUCUGUAAAUAUAGGUACAGUCUGCUCCAUCCUCACCCUUCCCCACUCCUAUACAUAGAGAUUUAUAUAAAAAGAAGUAAAUUUUGUCCAAUGGAUGUAAACUACUGUAAUUAAGUGCAAUUCCCCCAUCUGUAUAUAUUGUUCCCUAAUCUCUUCUCUUUCUUCUCCCCCCACACCUUUUUUUUUUGUUAAAGGUCAGAGCUAAGGAUGGUUUUGGUUUUGUAUUUCUCUUCUUCCUUUAAAUGAGUUAAUUCAAUGACCCAGGCCUAGGCAGGAUGCCAGUCAGGUAGCACCGGUCUCUGCUCUGCAGGAGGACAGGGAGACGUAUGUCCUCUGUGCGGUGACAUCUCAUGUGAAGGAAGGGCAUGGGGCGAGCUGAGUGGAGCCCUGGCAGGAUCUGGCCGAUCCGUGUGGGGACAGCUAUGGAGAUCUCAAAAGACUCUUCUGCUUUUGGGGACUCUGACAGUGGUGGGGUGGGGAAGCACUCGGGAGCCUGGUGAAUGCAUCCAGACUGGUGGGAUGCAUCAGCAUCGACAGUUUUCAAGGUGAGCCUGUGGCAUUCGCUGCUACAGAGGUGAAUGAGGCUGCAAGAAAUUCUGUUGAGAUCUCCCUCAAAUGAGGUUGAGAGACUGUCUCACUUUUCUUCCCUCCAUGGGGUGCAGAAGGGACUGGGUACCCAGUUACUGCCUUGUCUCCUGCCCAGUAAAUGGCCAGUACAGAUGGCUUAUUUUCCACCAUUAGCAGGUUCCUGAUGAGUCUGGUUGGCUCCACCCUUACCAAUAAACACACGGUGCUGGUGCUCUCAUGCUUGUGGUGUCUACUCUGAGCUGCAGCUGGAGAUGCGGGCCCUGGGCUGUGAUGUGGACACGCCAGUCCGCGGUCCCCACUGGCUGCCUGCUUUGUCUCACCUGGCAGCAGCUCUUGGAGGAAAACCUUCACAGCAAGAUCUCCAGCUUGUGAAUGAGCGGUGAAGGCACACCCCAGCUUCGCACCCACUGAGGACACUGGGCUCCACACCCCCCAGAGCCACGAGGGCUUUAGGUGCCCAAGUCCUACCUCCCAAAGCUGCAGAACCUGUCAAAGGCAUCGCUUCUGCUUCCGUGAGAUACAAGCUCCUCCGUACCCGCUCCCCUUUGCAAAGGGAUCUAACGAUCCCCAGUUGUGCAAAUUUUUCUUGAAUUUUGCAGCAUGUGCCAACUUCUGAGAGUGAUUUAGAGAGGUGGAGAGGAGUAGAGGUGCCCAGGGACGGAUGACCACUGCUAAAAAGGAAAACACUAGAUGCUUUCUUUGGGGCAAGAAAGGCUCUUUUGCUGUGUUUUUGUACAAUACCUAGCGCAGUGGGACCCUAAUCCUUGCAAGGACUAAUAGGAGCUGCCCUACGGUGAAUAAGUCAUCGUAAAUUGGAGACCAAUAUUCAGAAUGACAUUUAAUUUAAUGUAUACCAUAAUUAAAUACCAUUUCUUCUGA